AUGCUUCUCAACAUCCUCCUCGCAGCAGCACUCGCGGCAGCAUGCGAUCCACGCACCACCUCCUGCGCAUCCAUCCCUGCCAUGCCAGCAAGCAUCACCUAUGACCUCUCAACAACCAACACAGCCCAAUUCAACUUCAUCAUACCAAACCGCAUCACACAGAACGGCAAUGGCCUUGAUUUCUCCACCGUACAGCAAGGCGACGCGCCGACCCUUGUAACGCGCGACUAUUUGCUGUAUGGUAAUGUGAAAGCGGCCAUCAAAACAGCGCCGGGCGUGGGUAUGGUGUCUGCCUUUAUCCUCAUGUCAGAUGUACUGGAUGAGAUUGACUUUGAGUGGCUCGGCAAUGACCAAGUACAAGUCCAAACAAACUACUUCUCGCGCGGUGUCACGGCCAAUUACGAUCGUGGUGGGUUUAGCAGUAACCCAGGCAACCAAGCUUCUGUGCACACCUACGAGAUUGAUUGGACAGAGACGACGUUGCGCUGGAUCAUCGAUGGUGUUACUGUCAGGACGUUGAAUAAAGCAGACACGGGGUCGUAUGGAUACCCGUCCACACCCUCUCAGAUCAAGAUUGGCGUCUGGGCUUCCGGAGACCCUUCGAACGAGCCAGGCACGAUUCAAUGGGGCGGUGGGCUCUUGGACUACAGCAAAGGUCCUUACACCAUGACCUUGCAGUCUCUCACCGUCACCUCGUAUUCACCGAACGCCAAGUCCUUCUCCUACGCACCCGGUGGCUUGACUUUUACCUCCUCCAACCAACAGCUCGCACAAUCCGCCGUAUCGGCAGCAGCAACGCAACAAGCAGCUGCAAAGCCAACCAUGGCAGGACAAGCAAUCGGUGUCGUUGCAGGCGCUAGUGCUUCUACUGCAAAAAUAUCUUCUGCGCCAAUCACGGCAGUGACGACCCGUCCACAAACCUCUGCAGCAGCCAAUACACUCCGUACAUCAACAGCCGUUGUUGCUGUUGCAGCUACGGGAACGGGUGUUCGAACAGUCACAGCAGCUUCUGCUACGGCGAGUACACGACCUACUGUCUCUGCGAGUUUGGCAACAUCUCUGGAUGUACGGUGGGUGCUUGCUACUCUGGCGAGUCUAUGCACGUUUGCAUUGCUGUAA